CGUGUGGGCGUGGCCAUGGACGGGAAGUCCUCCGCCCUCCCGGAAGUUGUCCCGUUUGCGAGAUUCAAGCACGAACUCGCGCGAGAGCUCGCUCUUUUCCCGGAGAGGUCGGCGUCCAAGAUGGCGGAAGUGGAACAGAAGAAGAAGCGCACCUUCAGGAAGUUCACCUAUCGCGGGGUGGACCUCGACCAGCUGCUGGACAUGUCCUACGAGCAGCUGAUGCAACUCUACAGUGCCCGCCAGCGCCGGCGGCUCAACCGGGGCCUGCGCCGCAAGCAGCACUCGCUCCUCAAGCGCCUCCGGAAGGCCAAGAAGGACGCCCCGCCGAUGGAGAAGCCCGAGGUGGUCAAGACCCAUCUGCGGGACAUGAUCAUCCUUCCCGAGAUGGUGGGGAGCAUGGUUGGGGUGUACAACGGCAAGACCUUCAACCAGGUGGAAAUCAAGCCUGAAAUGAUCGGCCACUACCUGGGAGAAUUCUCCAUCACCUACAAGCCUGUGAAGCACGGCCGACCGGGUAUUGGGGCCACCCACUCCUCUCGGUUCAUUCCUCUGAAAUAAAAAGGGUGGUUUGGGAAGAACAUGGAUAGGUGUAAAUAAAAAAUAAUAAUUUCCCAGUGGGAAAA